AUGGCGCUCUUUUCAAAACGUCUGACCUGCUUCUACUGUGGGCGGCGCUCCAAACAGCCCGUCCAGUCGCUCAAUAGCACUGUCCGAAAGUUCCACUGCGAGAAUUGCGAGGCGGAUAACUACCUCGACCAGAACGGAGACAUCACAGACCCCCCAAGCGCUGAAACAAACCCUCAGGCUUAUGGUCCUGAUGCGCAAAGCCCUCGAUUCGAAUCCAUUGGCUUCGAAGAAUCCGACCUGUUUUGUUCCCGAUGCAUUCGCAACCAACAUUUGUUUACCCACUCCUUGGCAGCAUACCAAGCACCCUCCGAUGACCCAUCUUUUGACCAUGAAAAUCAUUAUGCCGAAUACCGCAGAGGUAUGGAAGACCGAUAUCCGACAGUCUGCGACAAUUGCGAGCCGCGCGUGAGACAGCGAAUUAAGCAAGCCGGGUAUGAGGCAAAGGCGGAUCACCUCAGGCGCAUGAUGGACCAAACCCGAGCCAGCAAGACUGCACGACAGGCAAGGAAUCGUAGCUGGCAGAGCCUGCUGGUCUACGCCGGCGCUCUAGGCUACUGGGCGAGCUUCUGCGGUCAACUUGCAUGGAAUGUGUUGGGCGCUCUGACGGCCCCUUCGUCACCCACCGCAGAUAUCGAUGUGUCUAUGGACCCAUCCGUCCAUUUCAUGACUUGUGUUGGUCAAACUUUGGAGGGUGGCCGGAUUCCAGUCGAAUGCGCCUACGAUCUGGCGCCAGCUGCCGGUCUUGCGCUUGUGGCAGGAAGUCUUUCCCUAUGGUGGAAUCCACGCUUGCGCAUGAAGAUCGAAGGACGGUCUGGUCGAUUCAAGGGUCUUGCCGAGUACUAUAGAGUACAACUUAUUGUCAUGGUCGUCCGAUGCGUGUUUUGGUCUCUACUGAAGGAUCCCUCUGCGAGUGGCAUUGAAGCAACCUUACCUGCUGCUUUGCAUAUGUUCAUGAUUCUCUUCACCCUAUUGUCUGUUAUCAUUUCUCGGCGCGUUAUCCACUAUGACACCCGGCCUCUGGUAAAUUGGUCGGACAAUUCUUGGGAGAGGGCGCCUCUACGGAGCACCGAAACAUCGCCUGUACCCGAAUCUCGUCCUGGACCGAUUUAUUCGACGCCGAAUGCGAGCACCAGUCAAGUUCGCCAGCGAUUUCCUUUUGAAAAACUCGGUUCCGCCCGGCCGAUCGCAGAGAGUCCGCAAGUCAUGUCCCCCACACCACCUCCCGAAUCCGAAGACAUGGACUGGACUCCGUCUGCCCCUCAAAACAUCCAGCCGACAGUGAGCGUCUACCAACGGGAUCGACAGUCGGCUUUCGAUGCCCCCUCUCCUUUCCAUGGCCAUCUCGCAGCCGUUUCUCAACCGCCAGCGUGGAAGCUCCGUAACAAGACACCCGUGAAACCGAUCGAACAAGUCAUCGAGCCCAACCCUUUUCACCGAAAUCUAUCACAUACAAAAAACCAAUGGCAAAAGAAACCAACAAGUCCAGAACCUUUCUUUCCGGCAAGCGACCACGAUGCCGCCACUGGCCUCGAGACCCUUUUCAACCGCGCCUUUGAUCUUGGGGCCGAGGAGGCCCCAAGAAGAGAAUGGAAUCAAUCAAAGCGCCGUCAAAUUUCAUAUGCUAUCAACACACCUCGUCACCUGGUACUACAGUAUCUACGGCUGUUUUUGUUACUGGGCUCCAUAACCGUAUGGACAUAUUCCCAAAAUCACCAAACCUCUAUCCCUGGAAACUACAUCGAGACAUGCGCUCUGGGAAGCGCGAGUCUGAUCUCAGGCUUUGCUCUUUUGGAAGCAGUCAAGAGACCCCUGGUCCAGUGGAAUGGAAUGGAGAUAUUGGUCUACAUGACGGAACUUGGCGCUGCGGUUCACUUGGGUGCCCAUCUGCCCCAAGAGGCCUUUGAGCGAGAGUAUUUCGACCGAUACGGAAAAAUACUGCUCGGCUUCAUGGCAGUUCAAGAAAUAUUGAAUUUGCUUGCAUUCUAUCGAUCAGCAUCGGCCGUUCCGCGACCCGAAGACCAACAGAAUGCUGUUUCGACCUCUCCGCGGCAAGAGGUUUCACCUCAAAGAGCUAUUGGUUGGUCCCCUGUAGGAUCUCCUGUUAGCAGCCCUACAAUUCCCCAAUCAUUCUCCCCGCAACUGCAACAACAGUCAUUUUCUUCACGAGCCCACCAGUUUUCUCCGCAACCGCAACCACAACAACAACAUUUUUCUCCACAGCCACCCUCUCUGUCUUUCUCGUCGGCAGCCGGCGGUCUAUCGUCCGCCCUGCCAACCGUUCCAAACUACGGGAUUUCGUCCUCGCAGACCUUCGGGUCUUUCUCCUCUGCUUACAAUCACAAUCACAAUCACAACCCACAUAGCUUCACAAUGGAUUCGCUCAAGGCGAAUGAACCGAUUUCCGACUAUGAGCAAGACUCUGAUUCUGAAACCAUUGCUACCGAAUUUACCACCCGCACGGAUGCCACGAACCGCAAUAUUCGGUACGGGCGCAAUCCGAAUCAUGAGCACAACCCUACGUUCUCGCCCCGGCGGAGUGAGCUUGGGCCUGGACUUGGGGGGUUGAGUUUGGAAGAUCGACCAACCCCUCGCCGCAUAACACGCAGUCAGACCCAGCAACCGCUGACACCUGGACGGCGUUUCCCCAGCCGUGUUGUCUUUUGA